AUGGAAGAAUGGUUGGGUGGCUAUUUGAAACGAAUUGAACGAGACAAUGUCAACAUCCUCAAUCGACUGAGUGACUUUGAGCGAUCGGGCGAAGGUAGUCGGCAAAGUAAAGAACAUGGGAGCUGGAGCGUCCAUCGGAAAUACUCCUGUGAUCUUCCUCGAGAGAUCUCAAAAAGGGAUCUACGUCAUCGGUUGGAUAAGAAGCAAGAAUCCCAACGUCCCCUAAAAGAGCGUUCUGGGGGAAAGGGAAAACGCAAACAAGUAUUGUCGCGUAGAGAUCUCUACCAUAAGCUUUCUGGAGGUGUUGAAAGGGAAAGCUUACACACAGGGUUGACUGUUUCUAUCAAGGAACUUGUAGACUAA